AUGCCCUUGCUAAGGAUCAUUUUUGAGAACCUGAGGUUCUGGCUCAACCUCAUCAGAUCAGUGAUUCGUGUCACUUUAAUCCCUUUAACUUUACUAUUGAUGUUUUAUGACUGGUUUCUUGAAGAUAUCAUAUAUUUUAGACAACUCACCGGCGCUGUAAUAAAAGAAAUCCUCCAUAUUUCUCCCUGUGUAUUUGGACUAUUCCGAUCCCUGGAAAUUGAAGAUCCCAAAUAUCCUACCCCCAAUCGAAUGGGCCCAUUGAAACGAGAAUCUGAUUUUUUUUUGAAAAAGUGUACGAAGAUUUUCAUGAAAUGUAAUGUUGGGCUUCAGAAUCUUGUUAAUGGUAGUUUGGGAGAAUUGAAAAAAAGAGUUGAAGUGUGUGGAAAGCGGUACAGGCAGGGUCUUAGAUUUUGGUAUUUGACCAAAGACACUGAAGACUGGAUAUUCCAUUACCCCAAAUGUUUUAUUAAACUCAUAAUAGCCAAGCUCCAGAGUGAACCAGUGGGAAAAAAAGGGGGUGGUGGUUUCGAUGAUGCACCAAAACUAAGAACUUAUAAUCUGCAAAAUAUGAGCCACGGAACGAAAAGAGGGAGUUUGGAGAUUGGAAACUCUAUAAAAAGAGUCUCUGGUGUUAGAACUUUACCACCUACUACUGUUGAAUUCGAUAAUGAGCUCAUACUUCCGACCCUGGCGCCACGAUCAAAAGACAAGGAGGUUUCUGCUUCUAUGUCCUUACCCUUGGGGACAAAAAGUAUAGAGAAUUGCUACUCCAUAUCAGAAGACAUUACUGGAAAUUAUAAUGGGAAAACAUUCAGGAGUAAAUUAAGGUUUCCGGUAUUGCGAUCCGCCAGAAAAGAGCCAGGCCCGUUAAUAAUCUCCCAUAAUAAAAUCGGUGACUAUAGUGAAGUCAAAAAAUCGAUUAUUUCUGUUAUUGAUAACAAUGCCUUUGAUGAUGGCUCUUUGGGGCCUGUUGUUGUUAGGUUGGCCUGGCAUUGUUGUGCGACUUAUGACAAAGACACUGGCACUGGUGGUUCCAACGGUGGAACCAUUAGACUUCCUCCAGAAUUAACAGAUGAUGGUAAUAUAGGUCUUCAGCCAGCAAUGCUAGUCUUAGAAAUAGUCAAACAACAAUUCCCUUGGAUAACGUACGCUGAUCUUUAUACUUUAGCUGGAGCUACGGCGAUUGAAGCCUUGGGUGGUCCCAAAAUUGAGUGGAAAUCUGGACGAACUGAUGUUUUAGAUACAAAAUAUGUUCCAGAAAAUGGUAGGUUGCCUAUUGGCAGUAAAAAUUCCGACCAUAUUAGGAAUGUUUUUGGUAGAAUGGGAUUUAAUGAUCAAGAAAUUGUAUGCUUAAUUGGUGCGCAUACUUUGGGAAGAACUCAUAAAAAAUAUUCCGGGUGGGAAGGUAAAUGGACUGAUGAUCCAAUUAAGUUUGAUAAUGAAUUCUACAAAGUGUUGUUGGAUAAUAACUGGGAAUGGAGAACUGUUCCUGAGACUGGCAAGUAUCAAUAUUUCCAACAAGGAAAUAAUGAUAUUAUGAUGUUACAAACGGAUAUGGAAAUGAUUAAAGAUUCAGAAUUUCAUCAAUGGGUUGAAGUGUAUGCAAAAGAUCAAGAUAAAUACUUUGAAGACUUUGCAAAAGUAUUUUCUAAGUUAUUAGAGUUGGGGGUUCAAAGAAAUGAGCAAGGGAUUGCAAUCAAGGCAAGGUAA